CCUAAACACAGCGCCUUAACCACUCGGCCAGACUCCCAGACUAGAUUGAUUUUCCAGGCAUACUUAGGUACACUAGGCAAGAAAACAAUACAAAAGUACAAAAAGUACAAAAAACAAAACACAACACCCCGCCCACCCACACCUUGCUUGUCCAAGGCCGACGCAAGUGAAUCUCAGCCUCGCGGAUAUUUUAUUUAUCGCCAAAGCCUUAUCGACGGCCCUGAGCCAUCCGCCGUCACAGUCACACGAACAUUCCACAAAGGCGGAAACUGUAACGAAACACGCCAUGUCGGAAGCGACGAUGGAUGAGGAUGCGCCAUUGACGACUCUCUCCAAGGGCCCUCAGCAUGACGAGAACUUCGACCCAGACGAUGAGGUGCAGGAUUACCGCUUCAUCGCGGCGAUGAGCUCAAGUGGUGGGAAGGGCACGAUCCCGAAACGGGGAGAGAAGGACUUUGAACCGCAUGGGACGAAACAUCAGGAAUCGAUUUUGGAUGCGAGUAGGCAGGCGAUGCAUGAUGCGCUCGACUAUACGAGAUCGCAUGGCCCGAAGUCUUCGGUGCGCGCGUGGUAUUUUGGGGAUGGAGUUCAAGAGCCAAGGUCACAGAAGAGGAGGGAUAAGGAUACACAAGAAGGGAAGGAAGAGGAGGACGAAGAGACAGUGGAUAUCCUCGAUCCGUCUAUAAGAGGGAGGGGAUUGGACAGAGAUAUGACGGUCAUGGUGGAAUCGAGCAAGGGAACUCAUUUCCGAACUAUGGGGAAGACACCUAUGGGAACUAAGUCGGCGAAGCUGUGGCUGCUGCCUGAAGAGACUCUAUAUCUGGUGGAGAGAGGCAAUCUGGACUUGUGGUGGCCGUCACGGCCGCUCCAGGCUGUGCGGUCCCAGACGGGGAAUUAUGACCUGGAGGAGGGAACAGAGGAUGGUGUCCCGUUAAGCUUGCAGGCCGCAUACAGUCUGUUUAUCGGGGAGGGAGAAGGGUUGGUGAGCAUGGAGACAUACCAGGUUUAUGCGAAUCUCAAGAGGACGGGAUAUGUUGUUUCCAGAGCACCACCAGCAGCGACCACAUCCGAGGAGACUCCCCACCCACAAGAGUCAUCCAGCCUUUUCAGCUGGCUAUUUGGCAAAAUAUUCGCAUCCGAACCCAAAAUUCCAGCCCCCUACGGACCUCUUGUUCAACCCGGCUUGUACAGGAGUUAUACCCAGAUCUACAAACAACUCUCCAUCAUCCCCGUUCACAAACCCUCACCUGUUCCCAGCACCGUCCGCCCUACACCAAAGCUAGAGGUUACCUUUCACAUCUGGAAACCGAUCCGCAUUCCCACAUUCGCAAAAUCGAAUCCGGGGGAGCCUGAUUUCCGGAUUGCCGUCGUGUCCGCCAGAGAUACCGGUGUGCCGACGCUGGAGGAGAUCGCAGGCCUUCUAGAGAGCACGCCGUGGGAUCCGCCGAAGAAAGAGUGGGCUGGGGAUGCAAAGAGCUAUCAGAGACUGAAACACGGGUUUCGGAAUGUGAUACUGGCGGUGGUGGACCAGGGGAUCAUCAGUUACCUGAAUAUGAGCGAGGCGGCGUUCGGGGAGGAGAGUCUUUAUGGGAGGUUUGAUAGAAGCGGAGGAGGGUUGUAAGCUAUAAGCGAAGACCCAAUGAAAGUUCCGGUUGCAUCGUUAUAAUGCACCGACUACUGCCUGAAGUACCUUUGUUUGAGUAACCCUGUCGGUGCCUUAAGGAAUAAGUUGCUGUAGAUAUGUUAAUAGACAACGUACACAACAUAUAGUAAGUAAUACAGGCUACAGGCAGCUAAAUGACUCGGGCUAUUGCAUUAAGGGA